UUGGGCCCAGCCCUCUCCAGCUGUCAGCCCUGCCUGUCCUUUCGUCCCUGAGCAGUCUGAGGAACUGUCAGAGUGUGGGCUGCUGGGUGGGAACCGUGUUGCUCGUGGGCCUAGGAAGGAGAGCAGACCCAGCUGCCCCUGCCACCCGGUCCUCGCUGAGCCCCCGUGGAGAAGCUCCCCGCCAUGGAUCCCGCCUCCUUCAGUGGCGCGCCCCGCUUCCUCGCGCGGCCCAAGGCUUUCGUGGUGUCCGUGGGCAAGGACGCUACGCUGAGCUGCCAGAUAGUGGGCAAUCCCACGCCGCACGUGAGCUGGGAGAAGGACCGGCAGCCGGUGGAAGCAGGCGCGCGCUUCCGCCUGGCGCAGGACGGCGACAUGUACCGCCUCACCAUCCUGGACCUGGCGCUCGGCGACGGCGGGCAGUACGUGUGCCGAGCGCGCAACUCCGUGGGCGAGGCCUUCGCGGCCGUGGGGCUGCAGGUAGACGUGGGGGCGGCGUGUGCGGAGCAGGCGCCACACUUCCUGCUGCGGCCCUCGUCCAUCCGCGUGCGCGAGGGCGCCGACGCCGCCUUCCACUGCCGCGUGGGGGGGUCCCCGCAGCCCGCCGUGAGCUGGGCCAAGGACGGCCGGCGCCUGGGCGCUCCCGACGGCCCACGCGUAUGCGUGGAGGAGCGGGGCGACGAGAGCGCGCUGCGCAUCCGGGCCGCGCGGGCGCGCGACGAGGGCACCUAUGAGGUGCGCGCCGAGAACGCGCUGGGCGCCGCCCGUGCCGCGGCCGAGCUCGUGGUGGACGUGGACGUGGACGCUGGGCCGCCCGGGGCCUCCACGGCCGCGCUGCUUGCUCACCUGCAGCGCCGCCGUGAGGCCAUUCGCGCCGAGGGCGCCCCCGCGUCGCCGCCUGGCGCGGGCACGCGCACCUGCACGGUGACCGAGGGCAAGCACGCGCGCCUCAGCUGCUUCGUGACGGGAGAGCCCAAGCCCGACAUCGUGUGGAAGAAGGACGGGCAGCCGGUGGCCGAGGGCCGGCGACAUGUGGCGUACGAGGACGCGCAGGAGAACUUCGUGCUGAAGAUCCUGUUCUGCAAGCAAUCGGACCGAGGGCUGUACACGUGCACGGCCUCCAACCUCGUGGGCCAGACCUACAGCUCCGUGCGGGUCGUCGUUCGAGAGCCGGCCGUGCCCUUCCCGCGGCGCCUGCGCGACCUGGAGGUGCACGAGAGGGACUCGGCCACGUUCGAGUGCGAGGUGCCGCUGCCCAGCACGCAGGCCGCGUGGUUCAAAGAGGAGACGCGGCUGUGGGCCAGCGCCAAGUACGGCAUCGAGGAGGCCGGCACGGAGCGCAGGCUGACGGUGCGCGACGUCUCGGCCGACGACGACGCGGUGUACAUCUGCGAGACGGCCGAGGGCAGCCGCACGGUGGCGGAGCUCGCCGUGCAAGGGAACUUGACCCGGAAGCUGCCGCGGAAGACGGCGGUGCGUGUGGGGGACACAGCUGUCUUUUGCGUGGAGCUGGCUGUGCCCGAGGGCCCGGUGCGCUGGCUGCGGAACCAGGAGGAGCUGGUGGCCGGCGGCCGUGUGGCCAUCACUGCAGAGGGCUUGUGCCACACACUGACCAUCUUCCAGUGCAGCCUGGAGGACGUGGGCCAGGUGGCCUUCGUGGCUGGUGGCUCCCGCACUUCCACCCAGUUCUGUGUGUCGGCCCCCAGGAGGCCACCCCUGCGCCCCCCCACGGACCCUGUGGUGAAAGCCAGGACAGAGAGCUCUGUGACCCUCUGCUGGUCUCCCCCGCCCCGUGGGGACCGUCCUGCCACCCUCGAUGGCUACCUUGUGGAGAGAAGGCGGCUGGGCACCUACACUUGGAGCCGGUGCCACGAGGCCGAGUGGGUGGCCACGCCCGAGCUGACUGUCACUGGGGUGGCCGAGGAGGGCGACUUCCAUUUCCGGGUGUCAGCAGUCAACAGCUUUGGGCAGGGUCCCUGCCUGGAGUUCCCGGGAACCGUGCGCCUGGCCCCCCAGCUGGCCCUGAGGACGCCCCUGGAGGCAGUGGAGGCAGUGGAGGGUGGCGAGGUCACCUUCUCCGUGGACCUCACGGUGGCCUCCGCUGGUGAGUGGUUCCUGGACGGGGAGACCCUGAAGGCCAGCAGCACGUUCCUGAUCGGCCAGGACCGCACCCGGCACACGCUCACCAUUCGCGGGGUGCCGCCCAGCCUGCACGGUGCGGAGCUCAAGUUCGUAGCCAAUGGCAUCGAGAGCAGCGUCCGGGUGGCUGUCCGAGGUGCCCCAGGGCUGACCGCCGACAAGCUGCUGCCACCACCACCUGCCCAGGAGGUGCUGGCCCGGCUGCACGAGGAGGCACAGCUGCUGGCCGAGCUGCAGGACCCGGCAGUGGCUGUGACGUGGCUGAAGGACGGCCAUGCGCUGCUCCCCGGGCCCAAGUACGAGGUGCAGGCGUUGGCCGGGCGGCGGGUGCUGCUGGUGCGCGACGUGCUGUGGGAGGACGCUGGCCUCUACGAGUGUGUAGGCCAUGGGCGCCACAUGGUCUACCAGCUGUCCGUGCAGGGCCUCGCAUCCUUCCUGCACAAGGACACAGUGGGUGGCCAUGUGGACGUGGUGGCUGGGGCCCCAGUGCAGCUCGAGUGCGAGACCUCAGAGGCGCAGGUCUGCGUGCGCUGGUACAAGGAUGGUAAGGAGCUGGACCGCUCCUGCCAGCGCUUCUCACAGGAGGACGUGGGCACACAGCAUCGGCUGGCAGCAUCCUCCGUCACCAAGCAGGACGAGGGCACCUACUCCUGCCGUGUGGGUGAGGACUCCGUGGACUUCCAGCUGCGGGUCUCCGAGCCGAAGGCAGCGUUCGCCAAGGAGCAGCCGGCCCACAGCGAGGUGCAGGCCGAGGCGGGGGCCAGCGCCACGCUGAGCUGUGAGGUGGCCCAGGCAAAGACGGAGGUGACGUGGUACAAGGACGGGAAGAAGCUGGGCACGAGCUCGAGGGUGCGCGUGGAGGCCACGGGCUGCAGGCGGCAGCUGGUGGUGCAGCAGGCGGGCGAGGCCGACGCCGGGGAGUACAGCUGCGAGGCUGGGGGCCAGAAGGUCUCCUUCCACCUGGACGUCACAGAGCCCAAGGCGGCGUUCACCAAGGAGCAGCUGGCCCGCAGAGAGGUGCAGGCCGAGGCGGGGGCCAGCGCCACGCUGAGCUGCGAGGUGGCCCAGCCAAAGACGGAGGUGACGUGGUACAAGGACGGGAAGAAGCUGGGCGCGAGCUCGAGGGUGCGCGUGGAGGCCACGGGCUGCAGGCGGCAGCUGGUGGUGCAGCAGGCGGGCGAGGCCGACGCCGGGGAGUACAGCUGCGAGGCCGGGGGCCGGAAGGUCUCCUUCCGCCUGGACGUCACAGAGCCCAAGGCGGCAUUCAUCAAGGAGCAGCCGGGCCACAGCGAGGUGCAGGCCGAGGUGGGGGCCAGCGCCACGCUGAGCUGCGAGGUGGCCCAGCCAAAGACAGAGGUGACGUGGUACAAGGACGGGAAGAAGCUGGGCGCGAGCUCGAGGGUGCGCGUGGAGGCCACGGGCUGCAGGCGGCAGCUGGUGGUGCAGCAGGCGGGGGAGGCUGACGCUGGGGAGUACAGCUGCGAGGCUGGGGGCCAGAAGGUCUCCUUCCGCCUGGACGUCACAGAGCCCAAGGCAGCGUUCGCGAAGGAGCAGCCGGCCCACAGUGAGGUGCAGGCCGAGGCGGGGGCCAGCGCCACGCUGAGCUGCGAGGUGGCCCAGCCAAAGACAGAGGUGACGUGGUACAAGGAUGGGAAGAAGCUGGGCACGAGCUCGAGGGUGCGCGUGGAGGCCACGGGCUGCAGGCGGCAGCUGGUGGUGCAGCAGGUGGGCGAGGCCGACACCGGGGAGUACAGCUGCGAGGCCGGGGGCCGGAAGGUCUCUUUCCGCCUGGACGUCACAGAGCCCAAGGUGGUCUUCGGCAAGGAGCAGCCAGCCCACAGCGAGGUGCAGGCCGAGGCGGGGGCCAGCGCCACGCUGAGCUGCGAGGUGGCCCAGGCAAAGAUGGAGGUGACGUGGUACAAGGACGGGAAGAAGCUGGGCGCGAGCUCAAGGGUGCGCAUGGAGGCCACGGGCUGAAGGCGGCAGCUGGUGGUGCAGCAGGCAGGCGAGGCCGACACCGGGGAGUACAGCUGCGAGGCCGGGGGCCGGAAGGUCUCCUUCCGCCUGGACGUCACAGAACCGAAGGUGGUGUUUGCCAAGGAGCAGCCGGCCCACAGCGAGGUGCAGGCCGAGGCGGGGGCCAGCGCCACACUGAGCUGUGAGGUGGCCCAGCCAAAGACGGAGGUGACGUGGUACAAGGACGGGAAGAAGCUGGGUGCGAGCUCGAGGGUGCGCGUGGAGGCCACGGGCUGUAGGCGGCAGCUGGUGGUGCAGCAGGCAGGCGAGGCCGACACCGGGGAGUACAGCUGCGAGGCCGGGGGCCGGAAGGUCUCCUUCCGCCUGGACGUCACAGUGCCCAAGGUGGUGUUCGCCAAGGAGCAGCCGGCCCGCAGCGAGUUGCAGGCUGAGGUGGGGGCCAGCGCCACGCUGAGCUGCGAGGUGGCCCAGGCAAAGACGGAGGUGACGUGGUACAAGGACGGGAAGAAGCUGGGCGCGAGCUCGAGGGUGCGCGUGGAGGCCACGGGCUGCAGGCGGCAGCUGGUGGUGCAGCAGGCGGGCGAGGCCGACACCGGGGAGUACAGCUGCGAGGCCGGGGGCCAGAAGGUCUCCUUCCGCCUGGACGUCACAGAGCCCAAGGUGGCGUUCACCAAGGAACAGCCAGCUUGCAGCGAGGUGCAGGCCGAGGCGGGGACCAGCGCCACACUGAGCUGCGAGGUGGCCCAGGAAAAGACAGAGGUGACAUGGUACAAGGACGGGAAGAAGCUGGGCGCGAGCUCGAGGGUGCGCAUGGAGGCCACGGGCUGCAGGCGGCAGCUGGUGGUGCAGCAGGCGGGUGAGGCCGACGCCGGGGAGUACAGCUGCGAGGCCGGGGACCGGAAGGUCUUGUUCCACCUGGACAUCACAGAGCCCAAGGCAGCAUUUGCCAAGGAGCAGCCGGCCCACAGCGAGGUACAGGCCGAGGCGGGGGCCAGUGCCAUGCUGAGCUGCGAGGUGGCCCAGCCAAAGACGGAGGUGACGUGGUACAAGGACGGGAAGAAGCUGGGCGCGAGCUCGAGGGUGCGCGUGGAGGCCACGGGCUGCAGGCGGCAGCUGGUGGUGCAGCAGGUGGGCGAGGCCGACACCGGGGAGUACAGCUGCGAGGCCGGGGGCCGGAAGGUCUCCUUCCACCUGGACGUCACAGAGCCGGAGAGCCAAGUUGCUGAGAGGCCCGGUCGCAGGGAGCCACUGGUGGUCAAGGAACACGAAGACAUCGUCCUGAACGCCAGGCUGGCCACACCCUCAGCAGCAGUGGUGGCCUGGCUGAAGGAUGGCUUGGAGAUUCGCCGAAGCAAGCGCCACGAGAGUCACAGUGUGGGCAACACCCACACACUAACUGUGCGAGGCGCUCAAGUGCUGGACAGUGCUGUGUACACGUGCCGCGUGGGGGACAGGCACCAGGACUUCCCCGUGCAAGUGGAAGAGGUGGCUGCCCAGUUCUCCAAGCCGCUGACGCCGGUCACCGGGGAACUGGGCGGCUUGGUGACGCUGGCCUGCGAGCUGACCCCGGCACAGGCAGAGGUGGUCUGGCGUCGUGGAGACACGGAGCUGCGGCCUGGAAAGCGGAUCCGGAUGGAGGUGGAGGGCGAGGUGCGCUCGCUGACCCUGUCGGGGCUGCGGGCCGAGGACGCGGGGCAGUACACGUGCGAGAGCCGCGAUGGGCGCACGAGCGCGCGCCUGGACGUCCGGGCGCCCCGCGCGGUGCGGUUCACGUCCCCACUGAAGGCCGUGGUGGCCGAGGAGGGAGGCGAGGCCACCUUCGAGUGCUCGGUGUCGCCCGAGGAUGCGGAGGUGGCCUGGUUCCGGGACGGCGUCCCGCUGGAACCCGGCGGGAAGUUCGUGACGUCGCAGAGAGGCGCGCGCUGUAGCCUGACCUUGGCGGGCCUGGCGCUCGGGGACGCGGGCGAGAUCACCGCGCGCGCCGAGGGCGCCUCGUGCUCUGCCGCUCUGCGGGUGCGAGAGGCGCCUGUGCUGUUCCGACGGAAGCUGGAACCGCGGACUGUGCAGGAGGGGAGCUCCGUGGCCUUGGAGGUGGAGCUGUCUCGGCCCUGGCCACGGGUCGGGUGGACGCGCAACGCUGCCACCCUGGAGCCCGGCGACAACGUGGAGAUCCACGCGGAAGGCGCCUGCCACCGCCUGGUGCUGCUCAGUGUGGGCUUCGCUGACCGCGGCUUCUACGGCUGCGAGACCCCAGAUGACAAGACACAAGCCAAGCUCACAGUGGAGAUGUGCCAGGUUGCCCUGGUUCGAGGCCUGCAGGCACUAGAGGCCAAGGAACAGGGCAUGGCCACCAUGGAGGUGGAGCUGUCGCACCCCAACGUGGCGGGCAUUUGGACUCGGGAUGGUGUGCAGCUGCAGCCAGGGCCCAUGUGCCACCUGCUGGUGAAUGGCCAGGUCCACAGCCUCACACUCUCAGGGCUGCGGCCCCAGGACAGUGGGCUGGUGGCCUUCCGGGCAGAAGGCGUGCAGACCUCGGCGAGGCUGGUGGUUACUGAGCUACCUGUGACCUUCAGCCGGCCACUGCAGGAUGUGGUGGUGACCCAGAAAGAGAAGGUGACACUGAAGUGCGAGCUGUCGCGACCCAGUGUCACUGUGCGCUGGCUGAAGGAUGGCCUGGAGCUGAGGGCAGGCAAGGCUGUGGGCAUGAUGGCCCAGGGCCCCCAGAGAAGCCUGGUUAUCUACUGCUGCGAGUUGGAGGACCAGGGCCUGUACGUGUGUGACGCAGGUGACGCUCAGAGCUCUGCCUCCCUUGAGGUGCAAGCCCGCCAGGUCCAGAUCGUGAGGCCCCUGGAGGACGUGGAGGUGGCGGAGAAAGAGCCCGCCGCCUUCUCCUGUGAGCUGUCUCACUGCGAGGUGCCUAGCCAGUGGUUUCUGAAGGGCAGGAAGCUGCGGCCAAGUGACAGCGUGCGCAUCCGCCAGGAAGGACAGACAUGCACUCUCCUGUUCCGGAGGGUCCUGGCGGAGGAUGAAGGGGAGAUCAGGUUUGUAGCUGAAAAUGCAGAAUCUCGAGCCCAGCUCCGAGUGAAAGAGCUGCCGGUGACCCUGCUGCGCCCGCUGAGGGACAAGAUCGCCAUGGAGAAGCACCGCGGGGUGCUCGAGUGCCAGGUGUCCCGGGCUAGCGCCCAGGUGCGGUGGCUCAAGGACGGUGUUGAGCUGCACCCGGGCCCCAAGUACGAGAUGCUCAGCGACGGCCUCUACCGCAAGCUGGUCAUCAGCAGCGUGCAGCCUGAGGACGAGGACACCUACACUUGUGAUGCUGGUGACGUCAGGACCAGUGCCCAGCUCUUUGUGGAAGAGCAGUCCAUCACCAUCGUGCGGGGCCUGCAGGAUGUGACAGUGAUGGAGCCCGCGCCUGCCUGGUUCGAGUGUGAGAUCUCCAUCCCCUCCGUGCAGUUGCCCAAGUGGCUGCUAGGCAAGACGGUGCUGCAGGCAGGGGCAAACGUGGGCCUGGAACAGGAGGGGACAGUGCACCGCCUGGCACUGCGGAGGACCUGCUCCACCAUGACAGGGCCCGUGCACUUCACCAUUGGCAAGGCGCGCUCCUCCGCUCGCCUGGUGGUCUCGGACAUCCCUGUCACAUUGGUGCGGCCGCUGGAGCCCAAGGCGGGCCACGAGCAGCAGUCGGUGGUGCUGUCCUGUGACUUCCGGCCAGCCCCCAAGGCCGUGCAGUGGUACAAGGAUGACACGCCGAUCACCCCGUCCGAGAAGUUCAAGAUGGUGCUGGAGGGCCAGAUGGCCGAGCUGCGUGUCCUGCGGCUCAGCCCCGCUGAUGCUGGUGUCUACAGGUGCCAGGCGGGCAGUGCAGAGAGCAGCGCUGAGGUCACUGUGGAAGCACGGGAGGUGAAGGUGACACAGCCGCUGCAGGACACUGAGGCCAUCGAGGAGGGCCGGGCCUGCUUCUCCUGUGAGCUGUCCCAGGAGGAUGAGGAGGUUGAAUGGUCGCUCAAUGGGAUGCCGCUGUAUAAUGACAGCUUCCACGAGAUCAUUCACGAGGGUCGGCACCACACGCUUGUACUCAAGAGUGUCCGGCGGGCAGAUGCAGGCAUGAUUCGUGCCAGCUCCCCGAAGGUGUCAGCCGCAGCCCGGCUGGUGGUCCGAGCGAAGCCGGUGGUAUUCCUGAAGGUGCUGGAUGAUGUGUCAGUGGAGGCGCGUGGCACGCUGGCCCUGCAGUGUGAAGUGUCUGAGCCCACGGCCCAUGUGGUGUGGAGCAAGGAUGGUGUGGAGCUGGGCCCCGGAGCCAAGUAUGAUCUCCUGCACACAGCAGGCAUGCGCGGCCUGGUGGUACGCGACCUGGGCCACGAGGAUGCCGGCCUGUACACCUGCCACGUGGGCAGUGAGGAGACGCAGGCCCGGGUCAGCGUGCAUGACCUGCACGUGGGCAUUACCAAGAGGCUGAAGACCGCAGAGGUGCUGGAGGGCGAGACUCACACCUUUGAAUGUGUGCUGUCCCACGAGAACAAGGGCGACCCUGCCGUGUGGACAGUCGGUGGGAAGACAGUGGGCAGCUCUGGCCGCUUCCAGGCUGCACGCCAGGGCCGAAAGUACAUGCUGACCGUGCGGGACGCGGCGGUGGGGGACACCGGAGAGGUGGUCUUCUCUGUGCGGGGCCUCACCUCCAAGGCCUCACUGCUCGUCAGAGAGAGGCCGGUGGCCAUCGUGAAGCCCCUGGAGGACCAGCAGGCCGAGCCAGGGGAAGAUGUGGUGCUGAGCUGUGAGCUGUCACGGGCGGGUGCCCCUGUGCGCUGGCUGAAGGAUGGGAAGGCCAUCCGGAAGGGGCAGAAGUACGACCUGCUCAGCGAGGGCGUGCAGGCAGUGCUGGUGGUGCGUGGGGCCUCCCUCAGGGACUCUGGCGAGUAUGUGUGCGAGACAGAUGCUGCCCUGACCACUGCCAAGCUCCGCGUGGAGGGAAGGGCAAACCAGUUCACAGAGGAGCUGGCCAACCUGCAGGCCCAGGAGCAGGGCACGGCUGUGUUCACCUGCAAGACAGAGCAGCCGGCAGCCACUGUGACUUGGCGCAAGGACACCAUGGAGCUGCGGGCCUCGGGGAAGCACGCGCUCAGCCAGGAGGGCUUGGUCCUGAGGCUCACCAUCAGCGCCCUGACACCGGCCGACAGUGGCACCUACACCUGUGACAUUGGCCAGGCCCAGUGCCAGGCUCGGCUCCAGGUGCAAGGCCAGAGUGUGCACAUUACUGAGGCCCUGGAGGACGCCGAGGUGCAGGAGGGCGCCUCAGCCACUUUCUGCUGCCGCCUGUCCCCUGCCAACUACAGCCCUGUGCGCUGGUUUCUGGACCAGACACCCCUGCAUCCCGACAGGCUCCACGAGGUCAAAGCCCAGCCCGGGGGCUACCACUUGCUCAUCCUGCGGCAGCUGGCGCUCAAGGACACGGGCACCAUCUACUUUGAAGCGGGUGACCAGCAUUCCUCAGCCUCCCUGCGGGUCACAGAGAAGCCGAGCGUCUUUUCCCGGGUGCUCUCGGACACCACCGUCAUGGAGGGAGAGGACCUGGCUCUGCUCUGUGAGACCACUGCUCCGGACAGCCCCGUGCUCUGGACCAAGGACGGGAAGACGCUGCGGCCCUCCGCCCGCUGCCGGCUGAGCUAUGAGUGUGGCCGGGCCCAGCUGGUCAUCUCUGAAGCUGGCCUGCAGGACAGUGGCCGGUACAAGUGUGAGGCCCGUGGCGCCUCAAGCAGCGCUGUCGUCAGGGUCCGCGCUUUACCGGUGCGGUUCCAGGAGACCCUGAAGGAUGUAGAGGUGCUGGAGGGUGGGGCAGCCACAUUGCGCUGUGUGCUGUCAUCCGUGGCUGCGCCUGUGGAGUGGCGGCGUGGGGACAACAUCCUGAGGUCCAGUGGCAAGUACAGUCUACGCCAGGAGGGUGCCGUGUUAGAGCUGGCCAUCCGGGACCUGCAGCCCCUGGACAGUGGCUGCUAUUCCUGCUCCUUUGGGGAUCAGAAGACCUUGGCCACACUCACUGUGAAGGCCCUGCCGGCCCACUUCACAGGAAGACUGAGAGACAAGGCAGCCACAGAGGGGACCACGGCCACGCUGCGGUGUGAGCUGAGCAAGGAGGCCCCCGUGGAGUGGAGGAAGGGGACAGAGACCCUCAGGGAUGGGGACAGACACAGCCUGAGGCAGGACGGGGUCGUGUGUGAGCUGCAGAUCCGGGGCCUGGCCACGGUGGACGCCGGGGAGUACUCAUGUGUGUGUGGGCAGGAGAGGACUUCGGCCACGCUGACUGUGAAGGGAGGUCUGGGGCCUGCACUGGCCACAGAAGGGGCUGUGGCCACACUGUGGUUUGAGUGGACAAGAGGUGCUGCUGCUGAGGAGGAGGAGGAUGGAGGACGUCGGCAGCUUGCAGAGUGGGUCAUGUCCCGGGAAGGGCUGAGGACGGGGACCAGGCCACCUGUUGUCUGCUGCUUUCCACUGCUAUUUCCCUGCCAUGUAUCCAUGCUUAUUCCUCGUUCUCCAUUCUGCAGUGUUUGCCAUAUCAUGUCCUGGCCCCCUGAUCUGCAGAGAUCAGUUUUUUGUGUCCUCCUAAGCCCUGCCAGCCACAUUCAUCCAGAGAAAGAGGCUGUGGGAACCAUGGGUGGACCACAGCCAUGGUGGCACAUAGGCUGGGUGAAGGGAGGCACAAGUCACUGCUCCAUGGCUUGGCACGUGGCUUCUGCCCUGCUGCACUUUGUGCCUGCUCUGUCCUGCAUGUCUUAUCUGCUCCGUGUGCUCAGGUGGUGUGACUUUCUGGCUUUCUGGCCCUUCUCAGUGCUGUCCACCAGGUUCACAGAAGGUCUGAGGAAUGAAGAGGCCAUAGAAGGGAACACGGCCACUCGGUGCUGUGAAUUGUAGAGAAAAGGAAUGAAGGGCAUCAGUGAUGGGGACAGAGCCAGCCUGAGACGAGAUGGGGCUGGGUGUGAGCUGCAGAUCCAGGGCCUGACUAUGGCAGACACUGGGGAGCAUUGUGUGUGUGGGCAGGAAAAGACCUUAGGCAUCCUGACUAUCCCAGCCCUGCCUGCCAUAUUCGUGCAAGACACGAGAAGCCAAGAGGCCACAGAAGGGCCCACGGCCACUCUGAGGUGUGAGCUGAGUAAGGAGGCCUUUGGACUCUGUGCUUUGUCCCCCCUGCUCGUUAAGUUCACAGAAGGUCUGGGGAACGAAGAGGCCACAGAAGGGGCCACGGCCACUCUGCGGUGUGUGCUGAGUACAGAGGCCCCCGUGGAGUGGAAGAAAGGAACAAAGACCCUCAGAGAGGGGGACAGACACAGGCUGAGGCAGGACGGGACCGUGUGUGAGCUGCAGAUCCAUGGCCUGGCCGAGGCAGACGCUGGGGAGUACUCGUGCCUGUGUGGGCAGGAGAGGACCUCAGCCACGCUGACCAUCAAGGAGGACGGGCCCGUGUGUGAGCUGCAGAUCCGUGGCCUGGCCGAGGCAGACGCUGGGGAGUACUCGUGCCUGUGUGGGCAGGAGAGGACCUCAGCCUCGCUGACCGUCAGGGCCCCUCAGGCCAUGUUCCGGGAGCCGCUGCAGAACCUGCAGGCAGAGGAGGGUUCCACAGCCAGCCUGCGGUGCGAGCUGUCGGUGCCUGAUGUCCCAGUGGUCUGGAGCAAGGGUGGACUGGAGCUGCAGGCUGACGGGCGCCGGGAGCUGAGCCGGUGGGGCUGCACUGCAGAGCUCAUGCUGCAGGACCUGUGCCGGGAGGACAUGGGCGAGUACAGCUGCACCUGUGGGGCCCAGGCCACUAGCGCCAUGCUCACGGUCACAGCGGCACCUGUGCGGUUCCUGAGGGAGCUGCAGGCCCAGGAAGUGGCGGAGGGGGACACAGCACACCUGCGCUGUGAGUUGAGCCAGGCAGGUGCCACCCUGGAGUGGCGAAAGGGUGCCCUGCAGCUCUUCCCCUGUGCCAAGUACCAAAUGCUGCAGGAAGGCUUGGCUGCUGAGCUGCAAGUGUGUGGAGCAGAACCGGAGGAUGCAGGCGACUACACAUGUGACACAGGCCACGGGCAGAGCACGGUGCAUCUCACGGUCCGAGCUCCCAAGCCCAGGUUCCAGACUGAGCUGCAGAGUGUGGAGCAGGAAGCAGGCGGCAUGGCCAGGCUGUGCUGCCAGUUGAGUGAGGUGGAGCCCGGGGCCCCAGUUCGGUGGCUCAAAGAGGGCAUAGAGCUGUGUGCCGGCCCCAAGUAUGAGAUGCGGUGCCAGGGGGCCAUGUGUGAGCUGCUGAUCCAUGGGCUGGAGGCCAAGGACACCGGAGAGUAUGCAUGUGCAGUGGGCAGCCAGAAGACCUCAGCCUCCCUCAGGGUCAAUGAGCCCGACGUGACCAUCGUGCGGGGGCUGGUGGACGCUGAGGCGCAGGCUGGUGAGGAUGUGGAGUUCAGCUGUGAGGUGUCGCAGGCUGUGGCUGCAGAUGUGCAGUGGCAUCUCCAGGGGCUGCGGCUGCAGGCCAACGAGGUGACAGAGAUGGUCGUGCGGGACGGGCGCACCCACGUCCUCCAGCUGAAGGGCGUGACACCCGAGGAUACCGGCACCGUCUCCUUCCAUGUGGGCGGCCACACAUCCUCUGCUCAGCUCACCGUGCGAGCCCCUGAGGUGACCAUUCUGGAGCCCCUGCAGAACGUGCAGCUCAGCGAGGGCCAGGAUGCACACUUCCAGUGCCGGCUAUCCAGGGCUUUGGGCCAGGAGGCCCGCUGGACCUUGGCUGGGGUGCCUUUACAGGCCAACGAGAUGAACGACAUCGCUGUGGAGCAGGGCAUGCUCCACUCACUCACCCUGCGCAAGGUGACCUUCGAUGAUGCUGGAACUGUCACUUUCCAAGUGGGAUCUUGUAGCUCGGAAGCCCAGCUGAUAGUGACAGCAAAGAACACAGUGGUCCGUGGCCUGGAAAAUGUGGAUGUGCCUGAGGGGGCCGAGGCGCUGUUUGAGUGCCAACUGUCGCGGCCUGAGGUGGCAGCGCACACGUGGCUAUUGGACGACGAGCCUGUGCACACGUCAGAGAAUGCCGAGGUUGUCUACUUUGAGGGUGGUCUGCGCCACUUGCUGCUGCUCAAGAACCUGCGGCCACAGGACAGCUGCCAGGUCACCUUCCUGGCCGGGGAUGUGGUCACCUCUGCCUUUCUCACCGUUAGAGGCUGGCGUCUGGAGGUCUUGGAACCCCUGCGCGAUGUGGCGGUCCGGGCCGGUGACCAGGCCCACUUCUCCUGCAUGCUCAGUGAGGCAGUGCCCAUGGGUGAAGCCACCUGGUACCUCAAUGGUACGGCAGUGCUCGCCGACGAUGCAGACUGGACAGUGACCUCUGAUGGCAGCCACCAUGCCCUGUGGCUGCGCUGUGCCCGUCCGUGCCAUGCUGGCGAGGUCACCUUUGCUGCCCGAGAAGCUGUGGCCUCUGCAUGGCUAUCCGUGCUAGGACUCCCUGACCCACCGGAGGAUGCUGAGGUCGUGGCACGCAGCACCCACGCGGUGACGCUGUCCUGGGCAGCCCCUAUGAGUGACGGCGGUGGGGGUCUCUGUGGCUACCGGGUGGAGAUGAAGGAGGGGUCCGCGGGCCAGUGGCAGCUGCGGCACGAGCUGGUGCCAGGGCCGGAGUGUGUGGUGGACGGCUUGACCCCUGGGGAGACCUAUCGCUUCCGAGUGGCCGCUGUGGGCCCGGCCGGCGCAGGGGAGCCUGUGCACCUGCCCCAGAUGGUCCGGCUGGAGUCUGCUGAGCCCGGGCCUCCCGGGCCUCCCGGGCCUCCCGGGCCUGUGGCCCCCGAGUCCCGGCAGGUGGCAGCUGGUGAGGAUGUCUGUCUGGAGCUGGAGGUGGCAGCCGAGGCCGGAGAGCUUGUGUGGCACAAGGGGACAGAGCGCAUCCAGCACGGCGGGCGCUUUGAGGUGGUCUCUCGUGGCCGGCAGCAGAUGCUGGUGAUCAGGGACUUCAGGGCGGAAGACCAGGGCGAGUACUGCUGUGGUCCCUCCACUUUCCGGGUGGCACUGAGCCCCGACUCUGGGCACGAGGUCCCCGUGCAGCCCAGCCUGCCUCCUGAGGCCGCCCAGGAGGGCGACCUGCACCUGCUCUGGGAGGCGCUGGCCCGGAAGCGCCGCAUGAGCCGUGAGCCCACGCUGGACUCCAUCAGUGAGCUGCCCGAGGAGGCCAGCCGUGUGCAGUGCCUGCGGCAGGAGGUAGAGGAGGUGGCCCCUGACCUCUCUGAGGGCUACUCCACGGCGGAUGAGCUGGCUCGAACCGGAGAGGCUGACCUCUCGCACACCAGCUCGGACGACGAGUCACGGGCAGGCACCCCCUCUCUGGUGACCUACCUCAAGAAGGCUGGCAGGCCUGGGGCCUCGCUCCUGGCCCGUCAGCUUGGGGCCCCAGCUGCCCCCUCUGUGAAGUCCCAGAGACAGCAGGAGCAGCCCGCCACUGUGCACCCGCCUCCAGGGGAUUCGAGCGCUGAGGGUCUGGGCGACCCCUCCAUGGACAGAGCGGCUGUGAAGAUCCAAGCUGCCUUCAAGGGCUACAAGGUCCGCAAGGAGAUGAAGCAGCAAGAAGGGCCCGUUUUCUCCCGCACCUUUGGGGACACGGAGGCACAAGUGGGAGACGCCCUGCGGCUGGAGUGUGUAGUGGCCAGCAAGGCAGACGUGCGGGCCUGCUGGCUGAAGGAUGGCAUGGAGCUGGCAGAUGGGCGACACCACCACAUGGACCAGCGGGGGGACGGCACCUGCUCUCUGUUGGUCACUGGCCUGGGUCGUGCUGAUGCUGGCCGCUACACGUGUCGGGUGAGCAGCAGGUUUGGCCAGGUGAGCCAUAGCGCCUGUGUGGUGGUCAGCGGCACGGACAGCGAGGCUGAGAGCUCCUCGGGGACUGAGCUGGACGAAGCCUUCCGCCGGGCAGCGAGGCGCCUGCACCGGCUCUUUCGCACCAAGGGCCCAGCCGAGGUCUUGGAUGCGGAGCUCUUCCUCAGCGCAGAUGAGGGCCCUGCAGAGCUGGGGGAGCCUGCCCAUGACAGGCAGACGUACCGCGAAGAGGAACACUUCAUCUGCAUCCGCUUCGAAGCACUUGCCGAGGCCCGCCGGGCCGCCGCCCGCUUUCGGAACAUGUUUGCCACCAUGGGCGUCAGGGUGGACAUCAGCCUUACGGAGCAGGGGCCUGGGGCGGUGGAGAUGCGCAUGGGCAAGGUGGCACCCGCCUCUGCCAUGCCUCGGGAAGCAGCGCCCGGCCUGCAGCCGUCUGAUGCUGCCCCCGUGUUCCUGACGGAGCUGCAGAACCAAGAGGUGCAGGAUGGGUACCCUGCGAGCUUCGACUGCGUGGUGACAGGCCAGCCCCUGCCCAGCGUGCGCUGGUUCAAGGACGGGAAGCUGCUGGAGGAGGACGACCACUACAUGAUCAACGAGGACCAGCAGGGAGGCCAGCAGCUCAUCAUCACUGCUGUGGUGCCCGCGGACAUGGGCGUCUACCGCUGCCUGGCCGAGAACAGCAUGGGCGUCUCCUCCACCAAGGCUGAGCUCCGUGUGGAGUUGACCAGCACAGACUACGACACCGCGGCGGAUGCCACGGAGACCUCGUCCUACUUCAGCGCCCAGGGAUACCUGUCCAGCCGGGAGCAGGAGGGCACGGAGUCAGAUGAGGGGCAGCCAGCUCAGGUGGUGGAGGAACUGAAGGACCUGCAGGUGGCUCCAGGCACGCGCCUGGCCAAGCUCCAGCUCAGGGUGAAAGGCUCCCCAGCCCCCAGGCUGUACUGGUUCAAAGAUGGCCAGCCCCUGGCUGCGUCCGCCCACAUCCGAAUGACAGACAAGAAGAGCUUGCACACCCUGGAGAUAGUCACAGUCACCCGGGAGGACACCGGCCAGUACUCAGCCUACGUCAGCAACGCCAUGGGCCCCGCCUACUCGUCCGCCCGGCUGCUGGUCUGCGGCCCCGAGGAGCCCAAGGAGGAGCUGGCGCCAGAUGUGCACGAGCAGCUGGUGCCACCCCGGAUCCUGGAGAGGUUCACCCCCAGGAAGGUGAAGCGGGGCUCCAGCAUCACGUUUUCUGUGAAGGUAGAAGGACAGCCGGCCCCCGCUGUGCACUGGCUCCGGGAGGAAGUGGAGAGGGGUGUGCUAUGGAUCGGGCCCAACACCCCAGGCUACACAGUGGCCAGCUCGGGCCAGCAGCACAGCCUGGUCCUGCUGGACGUGGGCCCGCAGCACCAGGGCACCUACACCUGCAUUGCCUCCAACGCUGCCGGCCAGGCCCUGUGCUCCGCCAGCCUGCACGUCUCUGGCCUGCCUCGGGAGGAGGAGCCGGAGAAGGCCAAGGCAGCCCUCAUUUCCUCUUUCCUGCAGGGGACCACUCAAGCUGUCUCUGCACAGAUGUUGGAGUCUGCAGGCGUCACCAGCCCGGCUGGGCAGAGGAAAGGGGAGGCCCUGGCGGCUGAGGAAGCGCGUGGCCGCCUGUCCCUGGCUGAGGAGGACACAGAGGAGCUCCUGCAGAAGCUCACCUCCCAGAUCUCCGAGAUGGUGUCUGCCAGGAUCCCCCAGGCUAAGCUGCAGGUGCCUGGGGGUGACAGCGACGAGGAGUCCAAGACGCCGUCUGCGUCGCCACGGCGUGGCCGCUCACGGCCCGCGUCCAGCGUGCAGGAGUCCUCCUCGGAGUCGGAGGAUGGGGACUCCCGCGGCGAGAUCUUUGACAUCCACGUGGUCACUGCCGACUACCUCCCCCUGGGGGCCGAGCAGGACGCCAUCGUGCUGCGGGAGGGGCAGUAUGUAGAGGUGCUGGACGCGGCUCACCCGCUGCGCUGGCUCGUGCGCACCAAGCCCACCAAAUCCAGCCCCUCCCGGCAAGGCUGGGUGUCACCCGCCUACCUGGAUAAGAGGCUCAAGCUGUCACCAGAGUGGGGGCCCCCUGAAGCCCCUGAUUUCCCCGGGGAGGCCUUGUCUGAAGAUGAGUACAGGGCAAAGCUCAGCGCUGUCAUGCGGGAGCUGCUGAGCUCAGAGCAGGAUUUUGUGGGCGAGCUGCACUUCCUCCAGAGCCACCACAUGCAGCACCUGGACCGCUGUCCCCGUGUGCCCCCCGCUGUGGCCAGCCAGAAGGAGGUCAUCUUCCGAAACGUGCAGGACAUCAGCCGCUUCCAUAGCAGCUUCCUGAAGGAGCUGCAGUGCUGUGACACGGAUGACGAUGUGGCUAUGUGCUUCAUCAAGAACGAGGAGGCCUUCGAGAAGUACCUGGAGUUCCUGGUGGGCCGUGUGCAGGCUGAGGCGGUGGUCGUUAGCACCCCAGUGCAGGAGUUCUACAAGAAGUAUGUGGAGGAAACGCUGCCCACCGGGGAGCCUUCACAGCCCCUGCCGCUCCCGCUGCAGCACUACCUAGAGCAGCCAGUGGAGCGUGUGCAGCGCUACCAGGCCCUGCUGAAGGAGCUGAUCCGGAACAAGGCCCGCAAUCGGCAGAACUGCGCACUGCUGGAGCAGGCCUAUGCCGUGGUGUCUGCCCUGCCCCGGCGCGCAGAGAACAAGCUGCAUGUGUCUCUCAUGGAGAACUACCCAGGCACCCUGGAGGCCCUGGGGGAGCCCAUUCGCCAGGGUCACUUCAUUGUGUGGGAGGGCGCACCAGGCGCCCGGAUGCCCUGGAAGGGCCACAAACGCCACAUCUUCCUCUUCCGCCACUACCUGGUGAUCUGCAAGCCCCGGCGGGACUGGCGCACUGACACCUUCAGUUACGUGUUCCGUACCAUGAUGAAGCUGAGCAGCAUCGACCUGAACGACCAGGUGGAGGGGGAUGACCGUGCUUUCGAGGUGUGGCACGAGCGGGAGGACUCUGUGCGCAAGUACGUGCUGCAGGCGCGGACGACUGUCAUCAAGAGCUCGUGGGUAAAGGAGAUCUGUGGUAUCCAGCAGCGCCUGGCCCUGCCCAUGUGGAGUGCCCCGGAGUUUGAAGAGGAGCUGGCCGACUGCACAGCUGAGCUGGGCGAGACGGUGAAGCUGGCCUGCCGAGUGACGGGCACGCCGAAGCCCAUUGUCAGCUGGUACAAAGAUGGGAAGCCAGUGGAAGUGGACACUCACCACAUCCUCAUCGAAGACCCUGAUGGCUCGUGCGCCCUCAUCCUGGACACCCUCACGGCUGUGGACUCCGGCCAGUACAUGUGCUUUGCAGCCAGUGCUGCUGGCAGCACUAGCACCCUGGGAAAGAUCCUGGUGCAAGUCCCCCCGAGGUUUGUGAGCAAGGUUCGGGCUGGGCCCUUCGUGGAAGGCGAGGAUGUGCAGAUCACCUGCACCGUCGAGAGUGCCCCAUACCCUCAGAUCAGGUGGUACAGGGACGGGGUCCUGCUGAGCCCGGGAAGCAAGUACGGAAUGCUGAGUGAGCCCCGCAGCGGGAUGCUGGCACUGGUGAUCCGGGCAGCCGGCCGCGAGGACCAGGGGCACUAUGAGUGUGAACUGGUGAACCAGCUAGGCAUGGCCCGUGGGGGCGUGGAGCUGAGCAUGCAGAGUCCUGUGCUUUGGGCGCAGGACCAGCGGCACAGGGAGCUGCUUUUGGCUGCCGUGGAAGUCACUGAGCAGGAGACUAAGGUCCCCAAGAAAACCGUCAUCAUAGAGGAAACCAUCACCACUGUGGUGAAGAGUCCUCGUGGCCGCUGCCAGCCCCUAUCCUGCUUGCCACUCUACCGGCCCGCCAGCCCACAGAGGCCAGGCUUGCCCACCCGGACCCCCAAGCCGCCACGCCCACUGGACCCCGGCAGGCCCGAGGUGGAGCCAGGCCAGACGCUGGCUGUGCCCACGGUGCUCGUGACAGAGGCUGAGGGCCCCACUCCAAAGUGGGCAGAGGUGGAGGAGACCAUCGAGGUUCGAGUGAAGAGAGGGGGUCCUCGGGGUGUGUCUCCCCCCCAAGAGGCGUCCAGCAGCCCCGUGGGGAAGCGUGUCACGCCACCUGGCUCGGAUCCCAAUGCCAACAACUCCAACAACACACGGCUGGACCAGCAUGCAGCACGCACCUCCAUCGGAAAGCCCCUGGCCCUCCGUGUAGGCCCUGGCGGCAUGGUCUGGGCCAGCCCUGAGGACGAUGCAGGAGGAGCGCAGGAAGAGGCCCGAGGGCCUGCUGUGACGGAGGUGCUCCAGGGCACCGGCGGCCUUGCAGGCCGAGACCCCAAGACCCUCACACACAGUGGCCGUGUGCUGACCCUGGCCGACCUGGAGGACUAUGUGCCCCGGGAAGGGGAGACCUUUGGCCGCAGAGACCCCGUGCCCAGUGCUUCUGGGGACCCCCCGUGCAAGGUUUCGGUGCUGCAGAGAGAGAUUGGCGAGCCCACCGUGGGGCAGCCUGUGCUGCUCAACGUGGGGCGCUGGCCCAGCUCUUUCCAGUGGGGCCCCUGGGCCCCGGGGUCUGAAGGCAUCUCCGUCCUUGCGCAGGGGUUCAGGCCCAGGGGCAGCACCCCCUGGACAUCCUCCUUCCAUGCCCAGGCGCAGCAGUCUGCAGAUGGCAGUCAGAGUAGCUUCAAAACGCAGGUCUCCACCCAGACGGUCGGCUUUGGGACUGUGGGUGCGACGGUCACACUGCGCCUCCAUCCGGGUGGGAAUGAGGGCCCUGGCCCCUCACAGGGCCCCCUCUCCACAGAGGCUGCCUUGGAGGACUCCAUCCACCCCGCCCCCGAUGGAACCCACCCGGAGGUGUCACCUACUCUGCCAGGGCUGCAGGGACCCGAGGCUCCAGGCCCCUCUGCAGGGGACUCCACAAGGGACUUCACUGUUCCCAGCCCCACUGGGCCACCUGUGUUCCAGGGGGCCAGGCCCCAGCACUCGGGUAUGGGAGCCUCGGAAGCAGCUGCCAGUCCCCCGGAGGUGACACAGCCCCUCCCCCAUGAAGGCCUGGAGCGGGAGCUGGCGUCCGCUGAAGGGGCCCAGGGACGGACGGUGCCCAUCUGGGUGGAAGAUGCAUCCCAGCUGGUGGCUGGGCCGGGGCAGCUGCUCUGGGAUGUCCAGAGGCACGUGGUCACCGAGACCACACAGAGCACCCAUGUGUACCAGGCCACCGACGUGCGUGCUGCAAGGGCCCCGUCCAUGCAAGUCACCAUCGAGGAUGUGCAGGUUCAGGCAGGUGGCACGGCGCAGUUUGAGGCUGUCAUCGAGGGCAACCCACAGCCAACCGUGACCUGGUACAAGGAUGGCAUCCAGCUGGUGGACAGCGCCCGGCUCCAGCAGCGACAGGAUGGAACUUCAUACUCCCUGAUGCUAAUGAACGCGGCCCAGCCAGAUGCUGGGGUCUACACCUGCAUGGCCCACAAUGCUGGUGGCCAGGUGCUCUGCAAGGCAGAACUGCUGGUCCUCAGGGGACACAGUAAGCCAGACUCUGAGAGGCAGAGCUCCCGGAGGAAGCUGCAGUCCUUCUAUGAGGUCCAGGAGGAGAUUGGGAGGGGCGUGUUUGGCUUUGUGAAGAAGGUGCAGCACAAAGGAAACAAGCUGUCCUGUGCCGCCAAGUUCAUCCCUCUGCGGAGUCGGACACGCACGCAGGCCUACCAGGAGGGGGCCAUCCUGGCCAGGCUCAGCCACCCCCUGGUCACGGGGCUGCUGGACCAGUUUGAGACACGGAAGACCCUCAUCCUCAUCCUGGAGCUGUGCUCUUCCGAGGAGCUGCUGGAUCGGCUCUUCAAGAAGAGUGUGGUGACCGAGGCUGAGGUCAAGGUGUACAUCCAGCAGCUGGUGGAGGGGCUGCAGUACCUGCACAGUCGUGAUGUCCUCCACCUGGACAUAAAGCCCUCCAACAUCCUGAUGGUACACCCCGCUCGGGAAGACAUUAAAAUCUGUGACUUUGGCUUUGCCCAAAAACUCACGCCUUCGGAGCCGCAAUACAGCAAGUAUGGGGCGCCCGAGUUCGUGUCCCCUGAGAUCAUCCAGCAGACAGCCGUGAGCGCAGCCUCCGACAUCUGGGCCAUGGGGGUCAUCUCCUACCUCAGCCUGACCUGCUUGUCCCCGUUUGCUGGCGAGAGUGACCGUGCCACCCUCCUGAACAUCCUGGAGGGGCGGGUGUCCUGGAGCGGCCCCACAGCGGCCCACCUCAGCGCAGAUGCCCGCGACUUCAUCCAGGCCACGCUGCAGCAGGCCCCAGAGGCCCGGCCCAGUGCUGCGAAGUGUCUCGCCCACCCCUGGUUCCUGACGUCUGUGCCUGCCGAGGAGGCCCACUUCAUCAACACCAAGCAGCUCAAGUUCCUCCUGGCCCGCAGCCGCUGGCAGCGCUCCCUGAUGAGCUACAAGUCCAUCCUGGUCAUGCGGUCCAUCCCUGAGCUGCUCCAGGGCCCACCUGACAGCCCAUCCCUUGGUGUGGCCCGGCACCUGCGCCCAGACCGCAGUGGCUCCUCCAGCUCCUCCUCCUCCUCGGACCACGAGCUGGCACCGUUCGCCAGGGCCAGGUCGCUGCCACCCUCACCCACGGCCCACUCGCCGCUGCUGCAUCCCCGGGGCUUCCUGCGGCCGUCAGCCAGUCUGCCGGAGGAGACCGAGGCCAGUGCAGCCUUGAUGGUGCCCCUGGAGGCAGGGUCUGUGCCGGGCUCGGGGCCUCCGUCCCCCAGCCUCGUGCCCCGACGCAGCGUCAUCUGCAGCCUGUUCCACCAGCAGGCGCGUGAGGGCCCAGCGCACAGGGCCGAGGCCUCGGGGGCCAGGCGGCACCUGCUGAGGGCCGGGUACAUCUCGAGGGUUCUGCCUGGGCUGCGGGAGCCGCUGCUGGAGCACUGCGUGCUGGAGGAGGCGGCUGCCCGGGAGGAGCAGGCUGCAGGGACCCACGCAGCCACUCCCGAGUCUGCCCUGCAGCGGCCCCGCCCUGGCACUCACCAGGCCCCUGGCCGCAGCCACUGCCCAGACCACCGCCCGGCGAGCACCAAAAGCCCCUGCCCAGGGGCCUGUGGCAAAGGGCAGUGUCCGCACCCAGCCCCAUCUGAGCUGGUGUGUGGGGCCUCUGCCAGGGGCCUGGGGCAUCCCCAGGGGCCUGGGCCACUCACAUCUGCCGGCAGGCUCUGGGCACCCUCUCCACAGGCCAGGCCAGGGCAGGAGAGCUGCGGAGGGCGCCCAGGCCCCAUCAGUGGCCCCGAGCCGGGCGCUUCCCCCCAGGAAGGCUGCGAGCCAGCCUGCACACAGCCCCCCGGUGCUGAGGGACCCCACGACACCCCCCUACCUGGGCAGCCCUGGCCUGGCCCCUCCCUGGAUGCCAAGGCCCUGACCCAGCAGGCAGAGCACCCACCAGACUCCACAGCCCCUCCGCAGUGGCCUCAGGAGCAGGCGACCACCCGGAAGUUCUCCUUGGGGUCCCGCCGAGGGGGCUAUGCCGGUGUGGCUGGCUAUGGCACCUUCGCCUUUGGCGGGGAUGCAGGAGGCAUGCUGGGCCAGGGACCCCUGUGGGCCAGGAUGGCCUGGUCAGUGGCCCAGUCCUCGGAGGAUCGGGAGGAGGCCGUAGCUGAGACCUCCCAGCCCCAGACGAGCCUGGGGCUGCCACGGGCCUCCCCAGAACUGCCCCCAUGGGAGGAGGCAGAUCAGGUCUCCCUGGUGCAGAUCCGGGACCUAUCGGGGGAUGCAGAGGCAGCUGACACCGUAUCCCUGGACAUUUCUGAGGUAGACCCUGCCUACCUCAACCUCUCCGACCUGUAUGACAUCAAGUACCUCCCAUUUGAGUUCAUGAUCUUCAGGAGGGUCCCUAAGCCCUCUGAGCCGCCGGAGCCUUCCUCGCCAGAGACGGAGGCUGAGGAGGAGCUGGCCAGGUUCCCGGAGGCCAUGCAGCCCUGGCCAGGCGAGCUCGGCCUGCAUGCUGGCCUAGAGAUCACAGAGGAGGAGCCUGAUGACCUGGUGGCCCUGCUGGGGGAGGCGGCCACGGGUAGGAAGCGCAAGUGGUCGCCCUCACGGGGCCUUUUCCAGUUCCCUGGAGGCUGCCUGUCACCUGAAGAACCCCCGGAGCGCAGGCUGCGCCAGAGGGUGAAGGCAUCCAUGGCCCACAUCUCCCGCAUCCUUAAGGGCAAGCAAGGUCAGGAGAGGGAGGAGCCCCCCAGGAAGAAGGCGGGCCUGGCUGCCUUCAGGCUGUCCGGCCUGAAAGGCAGGGACCAUGCACCAUCCUUCCUGAGGGAGCUCUCAGAUGAGGCCGUGGUCCUGGGCCAGUCAGUGACACUGGCCUGCCAGGUGUCAGCCCAGCCAGCUGCCCAGGCCACCUGGAGCAAAGAUGGCGCCAUCCUGGAGAGCAGUGGACGCAUCCUCAUCUCCUCAACCCUGAAGCACUUCGAGCUGCUGACCAUACUCAUGGUGAUGGCUGAGGACCUGGGCGUGUACACCUGCAGCGUGAGCAACCCGCUGGGGACAGCCGCCAGCAGGGGCGUCCUCCGGAAGGCAGAGCGGCCCUCUUCCUCCCCGCGCCCGGACAUCGGGGAGCUGUACGAAGACGGGGUGCUGCUGGUCUGGAAGCCUGUGGAGUCCUGCGGCCCCGUGACGUACACUGUGCAGUCCUGCGUGGAAGGUGGCAGCUGGACCACACUGGCCUCCGACAUCUUCGACUGCUGCUACCUCACCAGCAAGCUGCCCCGGGGCGGAGUCUACACCUUCCGCACUGCGUGCGUCAGCAAGGCAGGCAUGGGUCCCUACAGCAGCCCCUCAGAGCAGGUCCUCCUGGGAGGGCCCAGCUGCCUGGUGCCCGAGGAGGAGAGUGGUGGGGGGCGGCCAGCCCAGCCCCUGCCCGGCACCAAGACCUUCGCCUUCCAGACGCAGAUCCGGAGGGGCCGCUUCAGUGUGGUACGGCAGUGCCGGGAGAAGGCCAGUGGCCGGGCCCUGGCUGCUAAGAUUGUACCCUACCGGCCUGCGGACAAGACAGCCGUGCUCCGGGAGUACGAGGCCCUCAAGAGACUAUGCCACCCACACCUGGCCCAGCUGCAUGCUGCCUACCUCAGCCCUCGCCACCUGGUGCUCAUCUUGGAGCUGUGCUCGGGGCCCGAGUUGCUCCCCAGCCUGGCCGAGAGGGCCUCCUACUCUGAGUCCGAGGUGAAGGACUACCUGUGGCAGAUGCUGAGCGCCACCCAGUACCUGCACGCACAGCACAUCCUGCACCUGGACCUGCGGUCUGAGAACAUGAUGAUCACGGAGUACAAUCUGCUUAAGGUCGUGGACCUGGGCAGUGCCCAGAGCCUCCACCAGGAGAAGGUGCUGCCCCCCGAGAGCUUCAAGGACUAUCUGGAGACCAUGGCUCCGGAGCUCCUAGACAGCCAAGGGGCUGUCCCGCAGACGGACAUCUGGGCCAUCGGUGUGACGACCUUCAUCAUGCUGAGUGCCGAGUACCCGGUGAGCGACGAGGGGCCCCGCGACCUGCAGAAGGGGUUGCGCAAGGGGCUCAUCCGGCUGAGCCGCUGCUACGCGGGGCUGUCGGGCGGCGCCGUGGCCUUCCUGCGGGGAGCGCUGAGCACCCAGCCCUGGGCGCGGCCCUGCGCCUCCGGCUGCCUGCAGAGCCCGUGGCUGACGGAGGAGGGACCGCCCGGCACCCGGCCGGCGCCCGUGGCCUUCCCCACCGUGCGCCUGCGCGCCUUCGUGCGUGAGCGCGAGAAGCGGCGCGCGCUGCUGUACAAGAGGCGCCACCUGGCGGCGGAGCGCUGACGGCCUGGCCUCGCCGCACUGAUCGACCGCGCCGCCCCGGAGCCUGGCGGGCUACCUGUGCGCGGGCCUCGCGAUUGUGCCAGGAUCCCGGCCCUUCUGCCUGGCUGGGGCACCAUCUCGGUCACCGUCCCGUGGUUGGGAGACCAGACCCAACACCCACAAAUAAAAGGAGAGGUUGCGGGUGGCUCCCGUUUCAG